UGAGCGCCAGUCCCGGCCUUGUGGUGAUUUGCUGUGUAACGACAAGAGGCCGCAUCCGAGAACCGGGGAUCGUACAGAGCAGCCGGCGACAUGGAGUAUGUAAUUGGGAUUCAAGGCGACGAUUACGUGUUAGUGGCGGCGGACACGGUGUGUGCAAACAGCAUCAUCCAGAUGAAGCAUGAUGCAGACAAAAUGUUCAAGAUGAGUGAGAAGAUUCUCCUCCUGUGUGUUGGCGAGGCUGGAGACACGGUUCAGUUUGCUGAGUACAUUCAAAAGAACGUGCAGCUGUACAAAAUGAGAAAUGGCUAUGAGUUGUCUCCUGCAGCGGCUGCAAACUUCACACGCAAAAACCUAGCUGACUACCUGAGGAGUAGGACUCCAUACCACGUUAACUUAUUGCUGGCGGGGUACGAUGAACACGAUGGGCCAUCCCUCUACUACAUGGAUUACUUGGCCGCGCUGGCAAAGGCACCUUUCGCAGCCCAUGGUUAUGGAGCUUACCUCACCCUUAGCAUCCUGGACCGCUACUACAAACCAGGUCUCACAAGGGAGGAGGCUGUAGAGCUGCUUAAGAAAUGUAUAGCAGAGCUUGAGAAGCGGUUUAUCCUGAGCUUGCCUUCAUUCACCGUGCGGAUAAUUGAUAAGGAUGGAAUCCACGACAUGGACACCAUUCCUGCUUCGAGUGUCUGAUUUGCCCCCUUUUCCUUUCUCUCCAACCUGCUUUUUUACCUUGAUUUCUACCAUUUAUUUGGAAACUAGUGUAAUUAAAUUGCCUUAUGCUGAUGGCAUAUGAGGCUAAUGAAAUCUCA